AUGGGCAUCAAAUUCUUGGAGGUGAUAAAACCAUUCUGUGCAGUUUUGCCAGAAAUCCAGAAACCAGAACGAAAGAUUCAAUUUAGAGAAAAGGUAUUAUGGACCGCCAUCACACUUUUCAUUUUCCUGGUGUGUUGCCAGAUUCCUCUUUUUGGCAUCAUGUCAUCGGACUCUGCAGAUCCCUUCUACUGGAUGAGAGUGAUUUUGGCUUCAAACAGAGGUACAUUAAUGGAGCUCGGUAUCUCUCCCAUCGUCACCUCUGGUCUCAUCAUGCAGUUACUCGCUGGAGCUAAGAUCAUUGAAGUCGGAGACACCCCCAAAGACAGAGCACUCUUUAAUGGAGCACAGAAAUUGUUUGGGAUGAUCAUCACCAUUGGCCAGUCAAUCGUGUACGUGAUGACUGGGAUGUACGGAGACCCGUCGGACAUGGGAGCCGGAGUCUGUCUGCUCAUCAUCAUCCAGUUGUUCAUUGCUGGUAUGAUUGUGCUGCUGCUGGACGAGCUGCUGCAGAAAGGAUACGGCCUCGGCUCCGGAAUUUCGCUCUUCAUCGCCACCAACAUCUGUGAGACAAUCGUGUGGAAAGCCUUCAGCCCCACCACGGUCAACACCGGCAGAGGCACAGAGUUCGAAGGUGCCAUCAUUGCUCUCUUCCACCUGCUCGCCACACGCACAGAUAAAGUGCGCGCUCUGAGAGAAGCCUUCUACAGACAGAACCUGCCCAACCUCAUGAACCUCAUUUCCACCAUCUUUGUUUUCGCCGUCGUCAUAUACUUCCAGGGCUUCAGAGUGGACCUGCCCAUAAAGUCUGCCCGCUACAGAGGCCAGUACAACACGUACCCCAUCAAACUGUUCUACACGUCCAACAUCCCCAUCAUCCUGCAGUCCGCGCUCGUCUCCAACCUCUACGUGAUCUCUCAGAUGCUCUCCACGCGAUUCAGCGGAAACUUCCUGGUCAACCUGCUUGGCACCUGGUCUGAGGCGACCUCUGGGGGUCCGGCCCGAGCCUAUCCCGUCGGGGGACUGUGUUAUUACCUGUCCCCUCCGGAGUCGUUUGGUUCAGUGUUGGAUGAUCCGGUUCACGCAGUCAUCUACAUCGCCUUCAUGCUCGGCUCCUGUGCCUUCUUCUCCAAGACGUGGAUCGAAGUCUCUGGAUCAUCCGCCAAAGACGUGGCGAAGCAGCUGAAGGAGCAGCAGAUGGUGAUGAGGGGCCACAGAGAGACCUCCAUGGUGCAUGAACUGAACAGGUACAUCCCCACAGCUGCUGCGUUUGGAGGUCUCUGUAUCGGCGGUCUCUCUGUCAUGGCUGACUUCCUGGGGGCCAUCGGCUCGGGCACCGGGAUCCUACUUGCCGUCACCAUCAUCUAUCAAUAUUUCGAGAUCUUUGUGAAGGAGCAAAGCGAAGUAGGAACCAUGUCCGCCCUGUUCUUCUAG